CUUUGCGCGCUCCGCCAUUCUGUUCGUGGCUUUCUAGGUGAGUGGCUGUGUGUCGUGCUUUCUCCGCGGAUUUUAAUUAAGGAACUCUUGUCUCAAGAUGGGCGAGGUCGACCCAGGGAAAUUGUUCAUCGGGGGACUCAGCACCGAUACAAAUGAGAACGCGCUGGAGACGAUCUUCUCCAAGUAUGGGAGGGUCGCUGAAGUGCUGAUCAUGAAGGACCGGGAGACGAACCGCUCCAGAGGCUUCGCCUUUGUGACGUUUGCGAACCCUGACGACGCGAAGGGUGCCGAGAGGGACAUGAACGGGAAGCCCCUGGAUGGCAGGAAUAUCAAGGUGGAGCAGGCAACGAAACCAUCGUUCGAAGGCGGUGGUCGAUUCGGCUCUUAUCGGGGGUUUGGCUUCCGGGGUGGGCGCGGAUCCUACCGAGGCCGUGACAGGGAUGGCUACGGAGGCCCCCCAGCUCGCCGAGACGGCCCCCCGUCACGGCGCGACGACUACGACGACUACUAUACCCCCCGGGAAGGAGGCUACUCCGGCAGGGAUUAUGGAGGCUCGCCAGACUCACAAGAGCACUACGGGGGACACAGGGGCGACGGGUACAGAGCAGGGGCUCGUGCCUACGGUGAGCGUGAUGGCUACUCCAGCCGGGAGUCCCGCGACUACGGCGCCAGUGGCGGAAACUACAGGGACGCCUAUGACAGCUACAGUAGCGCCCGUAGCGCCCCGCCCACGCGCGGCUCGUUUGGCGGUGGCGGUACCACCGCACGCUACGAAGACUACAGCGGCGCGAGCUCACGCGACGCUUACGGGGGCGGUGGCGGCACCGCGCGUUAUGGCGCCUCCACUCGUGGCUCCGGGGACCGUCCAGGCCGGGGGGGCCGCGGCGGGGACGGUGGCCGCGGCGGCUUUCAGCCGCGCGAUGCCUAUUCGGCCGGCGGCCGCGGGGGGGGAGCCCCGCGUGACCCCUACGGCGGGGCCGGGGCAGGACGCGGAGGGAGAGGUGCCCCUAGAGAGUCGUAUGGCCCCCCGAGGGACUCGUACGGCCCGCCCAGAGAUUCGUACGGGGCCCCCCCCAGAGAUUCUUAUGGCGCCCCCGCUCGGGAUUCCUAUGGGCCCCCUGCCGCACGCGGUGGGGAUUCUAGGGGCAGGAGCCGCUACUGAGCAGAGCUGAGCCCUGGAUGUUAAUGUCCCCCUCCCACCCGAUUGUCAUUGUUAUCCCUGUCAUUAUUUCUACUACUAUAUACGACUAAUGUGUGUUAUUUGGCAAGCUCAUGGACUCUCCGGCCAGUGAGAGUGCCGUCGGCAGGCGGUGGCCAAGAUGUCAUAUUGUGUUUAGGCUGGUGUGAGGCAUUAUGGGAAAAGCCGAAUGUGCAGCCGCUUUAAUUUUCAGUGAGGCAGCGUGGCUGGUUAGCAAUGUAACAUUUAUAAUAGAUUCCAAUGCUCAUAACACAUGUGGAGUAUUCAAACAUGCGAGUUCUAAUUCACCUGAAAAAAGGCGGUGCAACACGGUACAUCGGCUACGUAAUCAAAUGACGGUGCAAAUGAGAAUGUUUUUAACUUACUCUGAGUCAAGACAUGCUUAGUGACCAUUGUACAGUGGCAUUUAUCUUGAUUGGAUAUCGUCAGUACAGUGUUGUACUGCAGCACGGUUACCAGCUAGAUCAGGAUGCUGCCGCCACUGGUGGUCAAUAAGAGGCGUUUGAGGUUUUUUCCAUAAUGCCGUGGGGCCUAAUUUUUUUUCACUUUGGCGAGUCUCAUUUGAUAUUAAUGGUAUUAAUAUUUUACGUAUAUUGUUAAUAGACGUGCAGUCUUAGGAUGUGUUCAUGUUUCCAAUUAAAAUGGCAAGGUAACGACGAGUGCGAUGUUAGAUGGCGGAAUAGAUUUGCAUUAAGAAAAUCGACACUUGGAUUUGUCAAAACAUUUAGAAGGAACCUGAUGUCAAGAGAGACAAUAGCAAACAUCUGAUUUAUAGGUCUGAUGAUUUAAAAUGAAGGAAAACCAUUACAGGAGGCUUGAGGGCCCAUUUCAAGGGGUCUGGAACAUGCUUUAGUUGACAUCGGGUAUAUAUCGGCCUUAAUUUGCCGUCCAGGGAAAGUGAAAUAACGCAUGAGGCAAAAAUAUUCCAACAGCAACAAAAUGGAGUGUCUGAAUACGCAGACACUCGUCAUGGAGCUGUUACAUGUACAUAUUCAACACCAAAGCAGAAUUUUCAAAAUUAUAUUAAAAAAAUCCCAAUCUUGAGUAAACCGUCAACUUUUCUAACGUCAAUGUCGAGCCGAUUCCCACGUCUUGCAUUUUUACUGCUGUGCUGGUGUUUUUAACAGUUGUCGGAAACGAACACAAGUUGGGUUCUCUUCUAAAUACAGUCGCAACAGCGGAGUUCACGAUGUUGUACACGCCGGGAGAACGUGUUUGCAAUGCUGUUUGAGUUUUUGUAGUAAUUCAACUGUCGUGACACUUGAUAAACAAAUAAACGAGAGAGACAGAA